AGAUAAAAAAACCCAAUCUUUCUCCAUCAUCGCCUUCAAAGAUGAUCAAAUCCUAUCAGAUAUUAUCGCUACUACUGGCAGUACUCGUCGGAACCGAGAAAGUACAAGCCUUUAAAGCACCCUUUCGCCCCGUCGACGUACUACCCAUUCUGCCCAGACAAAUUUCUCGGCCUAUUUUAAACAAACUCAACAACGCGGCGGACCUUCUGCCGUCCUUUGUCGGCGCCGCCUCUGUUUCGAACAAUUCCGUCUUAAACUGGAAGGGAUCUUGCUUCUACAAUAAUACUGCUUGGUUGGUUUUUCACAACAAUAGUGGAACCCAAUUUGGGGGUGGCACUCUCCAUAUUAAGGUUAGCAAAGCACAUAGUUGGACAUGUAUGGAUCUUUAUGUAUUCGCCACUCCAUAUCGUGUGACGUGGGACUAUUACAUUCUAUCCCGAGAGCACACGCUCGACUUCAAAGAGUGGGAAUCGCAAGCAGAAUUCGAAUACGUCAAGAAUCGGGGAGUUUCAAUUUUUCUCAUGCAAGCGGGAAUGUUGGGAACUCUUCAAGCUAUGUGGGAGGUGGUGCCUCUAUUCACAAAUACUAAGUGGGGCGAAAGUGCUAAUCUUGCGUUUCUUGAAAAGCACAUGGGUGCCACCUUCGAAGAAAGACCUCAACCGUGGAUCACCAACAUUACUAUCGAAGAUAUCCACUCUGGCGAUUUUCUCGCCCUGUCCAAAAUCCGAGGGUUGUGGGGCGGUUUCGAAACCCUAGAAAAAUGGGUCACCGGAUCUUACGCGGGCCACACCGCUGUCUGCUUAAGGGAUUCCGAAGGGAAGCUAUGGGUUGCAGAAUCGGGACACGAAAACGAGGAGGGGGAGGAUGUUAUUGCUAUAUUACCAUGGGAUGAAUGGUGGGAAUACGAGCUGAAAAAAGACGACACGAAUCCACAAAUAGCAUUGCUUCCUUUGCAUCCCGAACUAAGGGCCGUAUUCAACGAGACAGCUGCAUGGGAAUAUGCCAAAAGCAUGUCGGGAAAACCUUACGGUUAUCAUAACUUGAUAUUCAGCUGGAUCGACACAGUUAGUGGAAAUUAUCCACCUCCUUUAGAUGCUCACUUGGUUGCUUCUGUUAUGACAGUUUGGACUCAAAUGAAGCCUGCGUACGCUGGUAACAUAUGGAACGAGGCAUUGAACAAACGACUUGGAACUCAGAACUUUAGUCUUUCUGAAAUUCUUGUCGAAGUGGAGAAGCGCGGAUCUUCUUUCGGUGAACUACUGGCAAUCCCCGAACAAGAUGAUUGGAUUUAUGUUGACGGAAAGUCAACAUCGUGCGUUGCUUUUAUCUUCGAAAUGUACAAAGAAGCCGGAUUGUUCGGUGAACUCGCCACCUCUAUUCAAGUCACCGAGUUCACAAUAAAAGAUGCGUAUUCUCUCAAGCUGUUCGAAAACAACUCGACCCGUUUGCCCGAGUGGUGCAAUAACGACGCGGACACGGUAAAACUCCCGUUUUGCCAAAUUAAAGGAAAAUAUCGGAUGGAAUUGCCUGGUUACAAUACAAUGGAUCCUUAUCCUCACAUGAACGAAAGAUGCCCAUCGAUGACGCCAGAAUAUUCCAGACCAGUUGGCUGCUGAAUAAACACUAUGGUUAGAUCGUAAUUACGCUUCUGUGUACAAUGUACAUCUCUUGUAUAUAACUAGAGUUGAUAAUAUUUAUACGUAAUGUAGAAAAUACAAGUGAUAUUAAGUUGCCCUCGAUUGUACAAAUGCACAUCGAAAGUACGAAUCAUAUAGUAACAUUUGUUCAAACUGUGA